AACCAGCCCUCGCUUCCGCUCCGCCUCGUCGGCUUCGGCUCUCGCCAAUCGCUGCCGCCCCGGCCGGCUCGCCUCGCUCGCUCUCCUCCCCGCGCAGGCGUGCACUCCUCCUUCCCAGCGGGGACGGCGCCGCCACCACGCAGCCAGUGACACUGACGCUGGAGUGCAAUGGAGAACAUCCGGUACGCCGAGGAGCUCGUGAGGGAGUUCCUAGUAUUCAGGGGUUUCACAAGUACGCUGCAAGCAUACGAGUCGGAGUUGUCUACUGAGAUUGGCAGGAAUUUUCAAGUAGAUAAGAUCCUGGAUUUAGUAUUCUCAGAGUAUGUUGCCAAAUACCAACUGGAUAGGUUGGUAGGCCUGUUCACCUUUUUCAAGCAGUGUUUCACAUCACCUGCGGACACAGAGUUGUUCUCGACCCUUGUUAAGUUGGAGCUAUCAGUAUUAAGGUACUAUGUUAUCAAUGCCUUGAAAUCUGGAAGACAAGACAAAGUAAUUGAAUUCUUUGGUGAAAGCAGCAAUUAUCUGAUGCAAAAACGUGAAGAUUGGCUGGCAUGGUUCGCUAUUCCAUAUAUUAAGAACCCAAGCUUCGAUCCGCAGUUCCGUGUAUAUUUCUCCAAAGAAUGGUUGGACACUUUGUUUCUUUCAUUUAGGAAUUUUUUGAGUGGGAUAUUCAAUGAGACUCGGAUCCCAGCUCUUUUAAGAAUUAGCACUGAAAAGAAUACCAUCAAAUCCCUCAAGAACGACAUAAAGCAACUGAAUAAUAAAUUGGCAGAGCUACAAGCGUCGUUAGAGGCGAAGGAAGAUGAAAUAUCUCAGUUGAGAAGGAACUACAAUGGUGCUGGUUAUGGAAACAAGAAUUUAAUUGGUACUAGUACAGCUGGUACCCCUCCUGAACAAGAGAUGUCAGAAAACUAUGAAGAAUCCUCAACCUCAAGUAGCAUGAUUCAGGGUUUUGAUUCAAGGUCUUCAUGUUCAGUGAAAUCUUCUAAAAGAGAUGGGAAAUUCCAUGAAUCUUCUGAGAUAAGACAUACAGAGGAUGAGCAGGUUUUGGUGACCGAGGAAGACUUUCCUGAAGUGAGAGUUGGUUUUCAGGAAACAUUUUUAGGCCAUAACAGUUCAAUUAGCCAAUGUCGAUUUUCUGCAUCCGGUUCAAAUAUUGCUAGUUCAUCAAUCGAUGGUACAGUUAGGAUCUGGACGUAUGAUUCAUCAACACCAUCAUCCAAAAAUGCCACUAUAUACUGUGGGGCUGAAGUCAGUGCACUUUCUUGGGAAUGCAGAUCUGACAGAUUGCUACUCAUAGGCACAGCUAAUGGAGGAAUUAAAGCUUGGAAUGCUGAUGCAAAGAGAGUUGUUUGCGACCUGAAUACAUCAAGAGACUUUCCAAGCAUCUUAGAUUUGAAAUGUAGCCCUGUCGAACCUGUGUUUGUCUCUGCAGCUGCAUCAACACGGCAUGGAUCAACUAUUUUUGAGAGAACAGGAUUCGCAAACUUGACCGUGUGGCAUAUGAAAACAUGGAAGCCAUUGAUGGUCCUCCCUCUUGGUGAGGAUCCACCUGCUAUCACUUCUCUUUGCUUCAAUCACAAUGGAAAAAUCUUGGCAGCUUCUGCAACAGAUGGGAUGAUUCACAUGUUUGACAUGUCUGCUGGCCUGCAAAUUACGGGAUGGCCUGCGCAUGAUUCCCCAGUGAGCUCAGUUCUUUUUGGGCCAGCAGAAACUAGCAUAUUCAGUUUAGGCUCAGAUGGAAAGAUAUUUGAAUGGAGCUUGCACAAUCAAGGCCAGAUUCUUUGGUCAAGAGAUUGCAGCAGAUUUUGCAAUCCAGAGAGCUUUAACAAGCGAAUGCAUGAGAUAGCAUUGGAUUCUAAUGGAAAGAGGCUGCUGGUUACCUCCGGUUUGGUCCGGGCCCCAAUAUAUCAGGUACAAGGUCAUGAGAGUGGAUUGAGGACACUACCGCACAGUUCAUCUAUCACAAGUGUGGAUUGGCAUCCAACACUGCCAAUGUACAUCACCGGGUCCGCAGACCACUCUGUCCGUGUCACAUCUAUUUUAUGAUCAAUAAAGCAAAGUAAUCGCCUUGAGAUUUUGUCGAUGUCUCAAUGCAAUCGGAGAUAUUAUUGCCUAAAGGGACCAGUAAAGCUCCUGGUGACAACCUGUUUCCCAGCAAGCAAGCAUCCAUUCUUAUCGACAGUCUUAACCUUGUGGGAGGCUUUUUGGUGUCACGGCAUAUUUUGCAUGGAAGAGUUGUGUUUGUGUCUUGUAGCUGCGCUGUACCCUAUGGUUAGUUUUCCAACAUUUUUUGUUGUAAAACAGAAACAGGUAUAGAAUUCUGUGAUCCUUUUGUAUACGCACUAGAUUAAAUUGUUACUUCAUGUUACUUCAAUUGUUCGAACGUCACAUCAUUCAUCAAAAGCACAUAGAGGAUCAAUGCCACACGCUUUCAGUCUUUUUGUGGGAGUUGGCAAGAAAGGAACACAGUAUGAUUGUAUGAUUCAGCCUCUGUUCAUCACAACAUUGGAGGCGUUCAUAUUUCUGAAACCAACAAGUUUGUAUGAACUCAUAGAUGUAGCACUGUUUGCCAUUUGGAUUCAA